AUGAGCGCCAAAAGAAGAAUUGAAAAAGAUGUCAUGGAUCUUAUGAUGAGUGAUUUUGAUGUGAGUCUCAUCGACGACUCCAUGCAGCAGUUCCAUGUGAUCUUUCACGGCCCCAGCGACACGCCAUAUGCUGGCGGCGUCUGGAAGUUGCGGGUGGAGUUGCCCGAUCAGUAUCCCAUCAAACUGCCGCUGAUUGGCUUUGUAAACAAAAUCUACCAUCCCAACAUCGACGAGACCUCGGGCUCUGUGUGUCUAGAUGUGAUCAACCAGACGUGGUCGCCAAUGUUCGGAUUGCUAAAUAUCUUUGAGAACUUCUUGCCGCAUCUUUUGCGGUACGGAAACCCGAGCGACCCCCUCAAUACGGAGGCCCUGGGUCUCAUGACGCAGAACGAGGAGAAAUACAUCGAAACAGUGAAGAAAUACGUGCAACAGUACGCGCUGCAGAACCUUGUGACAGACGAGCUGAUCGAGGCUGCGGUGGAAAACGACGAUGGCGACUUGAGUGAUGUAGGGAGCUUGUCUAGUGACGAGGACGAGGAAGUAUAG